CUCCCACGCUUCCCGACGCGUCCCCUCUCGUCGCGGCACACGUGGCGCCGGCCGGGCUACCCCCCUCCCGAGUCCGCGCAUCCGGCACGAACGCACACUCGCCUCCUUCCCCUUCCCCAACCUUCUUCAAAGACCCACUCCUCAUCGUCUUCCUCCAUCUCCCACGCCCACGGCCCACCCCCACCGCCUCCUGAAGAAUCCCGAAUGCAAUCGCGGAGAAUCCCUCCUGCCGCGUAGCAUCAGCCUCCUCAAGGGCGCAAUCAAGGAGUGGCCGGUCGGUAGCGGCGUGGUGUUUUCCCGGGGGUUGGAUGAGAAGGGCGGGGUCGGCGGAGGAGGAUGCGGAAGGCGUACAGGGACUCCCUCAAGGUGCUCGAAGCUGACAUCCAGCACGCCAACACCCUGGCAUCUGAGUUUCCCCGGGAGUAUGAUGGCGCGUGCCUGCAGAUGCGGCUAUCGUAUAGUCCCGCCGCGCAUAUAUUCCUCUUCCUGGUGCAGUGGACGGACUGCAGCCUUGCUGGGGCUCUCGGUCUGCUGAGGAUCCUCAUUUACAAGGUCUAUGUCGAUGGCACGACAACAAUGUCGACUCAUGAGAGGAAAGCCAGCAUCAAGGAGUUCUAUGCUGUGGUAUUUCCUUCUUUGCUGCAACUGCAAAGAGGGAUUACUGAUAUGGAGGACAAAAAGCAGAAGGCCGUGUGCAUGGAGAGGUACAGGAGGAGAGAGGACGAUGAAUCAAGCAGCUUAUCUGAUAUUGAUGCUGAGAGGGAAGAGGAAUGUGGGAUCUGCAUGGAGAUGAACAGCAAAGUCGUGUUGCCCAACUGCACGCAUGCUAUGUGCCUAAGAUGCUACCAGGACUGGAACUCAAGAUCGCAGUCCUGUCCAUUUUGCCGUGACAACUUGAAGAAGACCAACUCUGGUGACUUGUGGAUCUAUGUUGAGGAACGAGACGUGGUUGACAUGGAGACAGUAUCAAGAGAGAACCUCAGAAGGCUGUUCAUGUACAUAAAUAAGCUGCCUCUGAUUGUGCCUGAUGUCAUCUUCAGUGUUUAUGAUUCCCACAUAAAAUGAUUGGCAGCCGUCCCCUUCUCAAGACCCUCGACCAAGUGCCCAGUUCGUAUUAAGCUAUGCCGCAAGGUCUCUAUUUACAUGCUCGUAGCCAAGCUCUUUGAAGUGCCUCAGAACUGUCGCAUUUGUAGUCGAGAACCUCUCUUUUGUGUUUUAGAACUUAUUUAGUGUCUGCCUGCAUGCUUAAGCUAAGCAAAUCCAGCCAGUUUGUAUAUAUCUGACAUGGCUAUGUCAAUAUAGAUCUUUAGCUUGCCCCAAAUGGAGGCGGUGCUGUUUGUUUGCUCUUCCUCGCAUUCUUUUUCUUUUUCUUGUUGUAUAUAAGCUGCUUCCAGAUGUGUGGGCACUGAUAUUGCUGGUACUUUGCUUCCUAGUAAAAUACUCCCUCCAAUCCAA